UUUCAUCCCGUAUUCAAGAAACUGUGGAUGGGAUCAGGUCUCUCUCACAACCACCGGAGCAGCGUCGCGCCUCAGCAGCAGCCGUCGUCGGCCCGCGUCAUCGCCGCCGACGGCUCGCUGACGGAGUUCGCCACCUCCGCCUCCUCCUCCUCCCCCGUCAGCGUCUCCGACGUCCUCGCCGCAGGCAAUGCGGGCGGUUCGUUCUUCCUGUGCAAUUCCGACGCGCUCUACUUCGACGAGGACGUGCCGGCGCUCGGCGGCGGCGAGCUGCUCCGUCCCGGCCAGAUAUACUUCGUGCUCCCCCAGGCGAUGCUCGGCCGGCCGCUCUCGAGCGCCGACAUGGCGGCCAUGGCGGUGCGCGCGAGCGAGGCGCUGGCGACGAGAGCGCGGCCGCGUGGGCGCGGCGCCGGCAUCAGGAAGGUGCGCGUCACGCCGGUGCACGCCGAGAGCGGGCGCGGCGACGUGGACGCCCAGGUCAACGCGAAGCUGAACGAGAGGACCCUCGGGGAGUACUCUGCGACGGCUUCGGGUGGUCCGGCGAGGACUGGCAAGAAGUCUGCCGUGGCCGCGUUUCCGCCGGCGAAGAAGGCGCUCAAGCCGCUCAGCACCAUCCAAGAGGAUGCGGAGUGACGAAAUGCUCAUAAGAACAUCGCCAAAUGGAAGGAAAUCACACAAAAAAAAAUGUGACAGGAUUAAUUUUUCUGUACAUGUUUUUUCGUAUUAACCAUUUUUUUUUGGAACAGUGGUGUUGGUGAGGAAAAUUCAAAAAAAAAAAGUAGAUAAGAAUGUCGUUUGCUUGAUUUGGCACCGUACGUGUUUUUGGUAACGAAGGGAAAUGAAAUGUGGUCCCAGACAUGAUUUGUUCAUACUUGUACUUUUUCUUAAUCGUGUUGGGCUAAUGGUCAAAGGCGUCGGCUU